AUGAUGAGACCAGAUCAUCCGUUACGACGUGCCCAAGAAGCUGGUCUCAGCCACACGAUCCUGUUAUUGAAAGAAAUUACGGGCCCGCAAGAAUCGAGGAUUAUACAUAACCUCCUCAAGUGUCUCGAGUUUGACAAAUUGGAAAAUGUACUCCCCCAUUUGAAAGACCGAACCAUAUCGGUGUUGCGAUCUCGAGUGUUUAGAACGUAUCUAAGGCAGGAACCCGCAGAUCAUACACCUGUAUCGUGGCGAGAUACUCAGUUGUUGCUUGUUUAUCUUCUCAGUCCUGGUUCAGCUCACGACCAUCUGAGUUACCUUGAGCAGUAUAAUGCCUCAUUGGACCUAGAAGACCUGUUGGACUAUCUGGUCAUUCGCAUUGUACCAAAAGAAAGGGAACUCAAAGAGAUUUACCGGGGUUUUGGGUGCAAGUCAUAUGAAGACCGGAUGCGGUCCAUCUGUCAAGAAUACAACGUGAUGUCAUUCCUGGAGGCAUACUCUGACGAACAAGCUAUGUCGGUAACCGAGCUCGAACGGCAAGAAAAACUAGUGGCAUUUUGCCAGCUCUCACGUGCUUACCCCCUACAUAAAAUCUUGAACGUCGUUAUUGACGCGUCAUCCUGGAAUAAUAAGUUCCGGGAUGAAACCGUAAGACCUGUGAUGUCUGUCACUUAG